AGCAGCUUUCUGUAUAAGUUGGAACCGUCAAAUCCUGCGGCUAUGCUUUCAAAUUUCAAGAGCUUGUUUGGAUUGUAUCUGGUAUAUCCAUGUUCGUGGGGAGAUUUUGCAGAGCUGUGAUGGACCAGUGGUUGUGUUUUUGUUGACUAUGAAUAGAUUCAGUUUUCACUAUACUUGUAGACUGCAUCAUGAGAGAUGACUUCGCAUCGUAGUCCUACAUUGGAGUUUACAGAGUGAUGUGAUGUAGAGGAGGAAGGAUGUACUAAGCUCCAUUAGUUAUCGAUAUGAACUGAUUGUAUCCUCACUAUAGCUCGCAGAUUGCCAAGAACCCAAAGUACUAUGAUUCAUUGAUUUUCUGAUUGCUUAUGUCUAUACUGCCUGUUAAGGCAAUUAGCUGCAGCAACUCUUACUUAGUUAGCUGCUGAUAUGUUUCAUUUAACUUUGUGCUCGCAACAGGAUGUUCUAUGGUCCAGGUGGACCUUAUGCCUUGUUUGCCGGAAAGGAUGCCAGCAGAGCACUGGCAAAGAUGUCCUUCGAGGACAAGGACUUGACGGGAGACAUCUCCGGCCUAGGUCCUUUCGAGAUGGAAGCCUUGCAGGACUGGGAAUACAAGUUCAUGAGCAAGUACGUGAAGGUCGGUAGCAUCAAGAAGGAAGUCCCAGUAACUGAUGGUUCCUCCAGCGAGCAACCAGCAACUGAAAAUGGCGAUGCCAAGCCUGCUACCACCGAAGCAGACGAUGCGAAGCCAGCCGAAGAUGCUCCAUCUACGGCAGUGGAGCAUAACGAGGUUCCUCCAACAAGUGUUGAGUCCAAAGAGGAUUGAAACUGUAGAGGACAAUUCUUGUGGCUGUGGAGAGCGAACUUCUGAAGGAGAGAUGAUGCCAUGAGAGAGAUGUAUGUAUAAGACGAUGAAAUUCGGUGGGUUAUUUCUUAUUACAUAGGGGUUUAGUUUUGUUAUUUUCAGCUUUCUCAUCUCCAACUCAAACAUGUUUCUGUCACAAACAAGACAUUAGCUUUCAUAUGUUUUUGUCUAAUAAGAACACCAUUCCGUGAUUUAGGCUCUUUACAUGGUGGCUGGGGAAACGAAGAACCUUAGUAAUAUGAGAGAUUGUUCAAGUUUCAUUUUGAUUCCGGUGAAACUCGCCGCCUUUAAUCUUCCUCAGCUAUCUAGUUAUUCAUUGUUCCAGUGAACUUCACAAACUACAUCUACAAUCAAUCAGUGCAUCAAAG